AGGCUCGUGAAAGAGAGAAAGAAGACCAGGCUGAAAAAGAGUUUAGAAAUCCCUGCACUGAUUCAUCACCUUCAGUAUCCAGUGCAACAGGAGCUGGGUCCACCUUAACCCGAAGAGAGACAGCCUGUAGUGAAAGUGAAGACAGCUCAGAUGAAGAGUUAACUGGUCCUUCUGUGCAAUCCCAGACUUCUGCUCAAGGUCCAGCUGGGGAUACCGAUGAUGAUGAUGAAUUUAUUGGGCCACCACUUCCACCUGGGUUCAAGGAUAGUGAUGACGAUAAUGACAAUGAUGAUACAGAGGAGGAAGAUAAUAACCCUGUCAAGAAAAUUCCAGAUUCUCAUGAAAUUACACUCCAACAUGGGACAAAAACAGUUUCUGCUUUGGGGUUGGAUCCUUCUGGUGCCCGUUUGAUAACUGGCGGAUAUGACUAUGAUGUUAAAUUUUGGGAUUUUGCUGGGAUGGAUGCCUCUCUCCAAGCUUUUCGGUCACUCCAGCCUUGUGAAUGUCACCAAAUCAAAUCUUUACAGUAUAGCAGCACAGGAGAUGUUAUUCUUGUUGUCUCUGGUAACUCUCAGGCAAAAGUUCUCGACAGAGAUGGCUUCCCAGUAAUGGAAUGCAUAAAAGGAGACCAAUACAUUGUGGAUAUGACAAACACAAAGGGUCAUACAGCAAUGCUCAAUUCAGGCUGUUGGCAUCCAAAAAUAAAGGAAGAAUUUUUGACAUGUUCUAAUGAUGGAACUGUGAGGACGUGGGAUGUUAACAAUGAAAAAAAGCACAAAAGUGUAUUUAAACCACGAUCAAUUCAAGGUAAACGGGUGAUUCCUACAACUUGCACAUACAGCAGAGAUGGUAAACUUAUUGCAGCUGGCUGUCAAGAUGGCUCCAUCCAGAUCUGGGAUAGGAAUAUGAGUGUAUUGAAUUCAUUAAUCAGUAGCUCAUCAAACUUCAUACUGAAAUCAGUUAUUCAUCCAGAUAAUAGGCAGAAGAGAAUAGCAUCCAG